GAGAGAGCCCGCGUCUGGUUAUGUUGUUACCAGCUAUGGAAGUAAGUAGGGGUAGUCUCGUUCUUGAUGCCUGCUUUAACAUCUUGUUUCGUCGUUCAGAUGCACGUCGUAAGCAUAUUAAGAUCGGCGACGCUUUGAGCAUCUUAUGCUUAUCUGGGAGCGCUAGCCCACAUUCCACUGCUUGUUGUCCAGUAUACUAAUUGCUAAAAAAUGCUCUCCCCUCUGCAGCAGUCUCGUUGGCGCCUCGCCAUCACUCUUCUCGCCCUGUACUACACCGCUGGUGUGAUUGUUUUCCCCCUCGUGGAGCGUCAGGCUGAGUUGGACACUUACGAGCAAAACCGAGCGCUAUACAAGGCCAUGAAAAAACUCUACUCCAUAUCCUGUGCAAAAGUAUCGUAGUACCGGCAGAAGUCGUAUGACAAUUUUUUUCAGCAUGACGAGAACAGCAAUUUGUGAAGAUGCGGACUUAUUUGCCUUUACGUUUAGGUAGAAAAAACACUUGUAACGCAUGAUUGCAAUUACGAUUGCCCCGCCGCCCGUGCGAAGAUACUUUUACAAUGCAUACUAGUUCGAGUACUGCAACGACCCGGCCUUCGAAGGCUUGUCCUUCUGCAAGAAUCAUAUGACAGUGCACAUCUCCCCGUCUACUUUGUCCCCCAGUUGGCAGUCUGCAUGAGCACUGCAACAGAAGCGCCAGCAAAGAUGCAGUUUAUCCAUCGCAUCGUUUGAUAUGCUGGUGCUGGAACCUGCCAUGCAGGCAGUGCCAAAAAGCAAGAGCUGAGGUUGCUUCUUUGCACGACAAAUGACGGCAGAACGAGCGGGAGCCGUUGUGCACUUUCAUAAACCAAGAAAAAUUUUCCGAAACCUUGCAAGACUACUUCAACAACGGAGCUGAUUAUGACUAUGAGCUUCUGAAGUCGGAAGCAAAAGCGGUGAAAAGCAAGACGGAUUUACUCAGCACCAUCGCAACGCGGACAGCGGAGCUAAAGCUGUUUGGAUUCGGGGGGCGGAAGCUACUAUUUGGAAAGCAGCAAGGAGGCGAUGAAGGUGAAGCUGCUACAACAUCAGGCGACGAUGCAACGGAAGCAGAACAGGAGGACGCACAGCAACGCAUAAUACCAGAAUUCGCUUCAUCUUUACCACCCUCCUCCUCGAGGAUGCCGUCCGUACCCGCAACUGAAAUAACACAAGAGCAUUCAACUGAGAACAAACGUGCUAUCAACACAUCUUCAGAACAAGAGGACCACCAAUCAGCAAAAUCGCCUUCGCACCACGACGAGCGCCAGCCUGCGCGCCCAGGUCACGACUCUUAUCAUCAUGAUGGCUUCAAUAACGUCGCUGUGAGAAAAAUGAGUAAACAAAACGAAAAUGGAAGCAACGUGCAUGACAUCUCCACACGCGGCUCCGCUUUGCAAACGGGCAUAGAAACAAGAAUUUCAUCCUCCACCAAGACUAGCUCAAGCGAUAAAAACCGGAGCAGCCGGCGAAACAGUCUGGUGGACCAAAACAACUGGUCCUUUUGCGGGACUUUGUUCUUCCUCACCAGUCUAUCAACUGCAAAAAUGUCUGGGUCUGGAAGUUGCAACCGGUGAUGCGCAUUUCAGAUCACACGAAAAUCUCUCAUGCAUGGAAAGCAGAAGUUGCCCAUAUCUUGUAACCAAAACAGCCGAUCUGUCAUGCGGACCAGGCAUUGAGAAGCUGUCUCAAGUUUUGUGAUGCUAGACCCGCAUUCCAGACCUUUUGGGGCAUCCAGAACCUGCAUGACGAACUUCUGCACUCUUCCAGACCCAGGCACAUCUGCAUUUGAUACAGUCUCGCAACCACAAUCGGCUACGGGCACAGUCAUCCGGUGACUUCCGGCGGACAAAUGCUGACGAUCGCCUUCGGGGUGGUGGUAUGAGCUGCAAAAGUGUCUGGGUCUGGAAGAUUGCAACUUGUCAUGCUGUUUUUGGACUCUAAACGAAAUUGCAUUGCAUGACCAGCAAGAGGGGUACAGUUUGUGCUACACGGACAGGGCAUUUCUCAUGCGGAAAUUGCAUGACCAGGAAGCCCUCUAAAUGUCUGCGAUGCUAGGUCAUGCAUUACAGGCAUCAUGGGUCAUGAGAAAUAUGCAUAACAAAUCUUGCAUUCUUCCAGACUCAGACACUUUUGCAUUUGAUAGGUGGGGUUGCCCAUCAUGGCCUUCAACCUGCUCCUGAUCGCCGAAGCCUGGUUCUCGGUUGGUGCGAAGGCCAGAGUCGUCAACUUGCAGAGCAAAAACAGCAGGUACUAUCGGGGUUGCUUGUUGUUCCACGAAGACUUCUUGCACAAAGGACUUAGGCCUUCAUAGAUGUCAAGUACUAAAUGUCGUGAGCUUGACAAGUAUUGAAACAAGAAGACUGUAGUAGAACGGGAAGAUUAUCCUCCAGGUGUUGGUGGCACUACAACCAGCAGGGGCUUAUCAUGACAGAAAUGUCAAAUCGAACAUAUUAAUAUCAAUUUCUCUUCAUCAAUCAUACCAAUUCGUUUCUCAACAGGCUCCUCUUCCUGAUUUCCCUUCUCGUCGCUUUCCUUCUUUUCGGCGCGUCGUUGUUUCACCGGUUGGAGCCGAGUUGGACGUUUUUGGAAUCCCUGUAUUUCUGCUUCGUGACCCUCUCUGCCGUCGGCUAUCAAAAGGAAAAAUCCCCCCUCCCCAUGUCAAAACGAAACUUCUGAUGCUGGAUUUGGAUACACAAAUCACAUUUGUCUUGCAGUAGAGCAGAACUGCAGGCAUAUGCCGAGCCUGGCAUGGCAAACGCCUAUGCUGUAGACCCAACAGCAUCACAAACCGCCUACAUAGUGCGGCGGACUCUCUAGAUUUGCGCUCUUGCAAGACAAACAGGAUUUGUGGCCACAAAUCUGCAUCACAAAUUUUCAGGCGCAUGCAUUUUCAAUAUGGGGAGGGAGGAUUUUUCCUAUACGAUAUCGGCUUCGGCGACUACACGCCGAGCUCGAACCUGUCCCGCGUGGUCUAUCACAGGAAAAAGUGGUAACGUUAACGGUUUUCACAGAUUGCAAAAAUGCAUUGACAAAUUUUGCCUAGCAUGCAUGCUAUGCAUGACAAAUUUUGGCACGUUUUGGGAUGCAUUUCUGCAUCACAAAUUCCGUUGCCAAACGUUAAAACUUUUUUCUGUGAUAUGGUCGCCAUUCUGUACAUGAUCUUCGGCCUGGGCGUGUGUGCGAGUCUGCUCGCAACGCUGACAGGGCUCGUCGAGGUCGUCAGUCGGAAUAAUUUUGGUGACGGGAAAACAAAUCAGGCGACACCGAAAGCUGAAGGAACAGGAGCACCAGAGUCCGCAUUUGCAGCAACAGGAACAAAUCCGGGACAAGAUGAUCUUGAAGCGGAAGUAGAGAGUGAUUCUGCAGCGCCACAACUUGCAUGGGCGUGGGACGCAGAGACACCACAGGUCUUGUUUCAGGAGCAGCAGGACGAGGAGGGCAAGGCGCGGAGAGCAGGAUAAAGACAAGGAGUGGCGUUGACGUUUUUCGGAACUGUGUACUAUUUUUUACGAAGACAAGUGAUCUAAGUAAUUGAGUGGCGUUCAGACAAUUUUACAGCUACCUAGAAAAGCUUCUGUGUGUUUUUACUUUUUUACAUUUACUUCAUUGAUUCUCUUGGUUUUGUAUAGAGCUGCUAUCACAGCAUCUAUCCCCGCCCCCGGGGGGGCGGCCCGCCGUUCCUGCACCAGGGAGCCGCAUGGUAGGCAUUCACAUGGGUCCGAUCGUCUUGUCGUACUAUAGUAUUUUCUUUUCCGUUUCGCAAGCGCACGAAGUUACGCAGCUACGCUAGUACUGGAAUAUGGUCGUGCUCGCGGUCGAAGUUGAAGUACACUAUCAGGCACUCCGACAAAAAGUCAGCAUGGAAAGAAAGAGACCCGGGAAACCGAUGAGAUAGAAACUGGUGAAAUCAUGUUAGAGACGAGAGGAACACGCCUCCUCUGCUGGUUUGGCGUAACCACUAUUUACAUAGGACUACAGUCACAAAGAUUGCGGGUGCUCGGCUUCGCGCGGCCGUAAUCAUCAACAACUUUCUCUCAUCGGCAUGUGCUGUUGUGG